UAAGAAUGUAAAUAACCCUCAAAGCCGUGUGAGCCUGUGAGGUGGAGCUGGGCACCAAGUUCAAGCUAUGCACUGCGCCAUGACUUGGCCCGAAAUGCUGAUUGCCUUGCGGUUUAGGUCGUGCAGUGCUGAUUAUUAGAACCUGGUCACCGCGAGUGCAAUGUGCAUACACACGAAGGGGAACGUGGUCGAUGGUCACGGUUCCAUUUUGAUCACCCGCUUCAACUAUUAGCGCCCAAAACUCUUCGUACUAGACCUCGCUCCUGAGCCGCAUGCACUGUUCACUCAUUUUCGUCUGUCUGCUUGUCUCUGGUUUCUGUGUGGCCCAGAAUUACACCCUUCCUCAAUGUGCGGAGGUCUGUGCGGGGACGGCUGCGACGGCUGCUGGUUGCUAUUCAUACUCGAACGCCACAUGUCCUAUUCAGACAUGCUUCAAUACAAAUUGUAAUACAACAACGCAAGGGAGUGCCUGGCAGUAUUACAGCAACUUAUGCACUGGUGCCAAGUCUACCUCAGGCAAGACUACAACCAUCAAAAGCACUUCACCGGAACCUGUAUCUACAACCUCGCAUACAUCUACAACCUCGCAUGCAUCGUCAGCCCCAACGUCCUCAGUGUCAUCAAGCGCGUCGACGAAUAUUUCAAAUACUACAACUUCUGCAAGCCAAACGCCAACGUCAAAAUCUGGAGCACUUGGGACUGAUGUCAUGAUGAAGCUACGUGGCAUCAUGAUCAUGGCGGUUGUUGCCGGUGGAGUUCUCAUCCUGUGAUGAUAUCAUAUAUUGCUCCGCGGGAUUAUUUGUAUUGAAUUCUGGAGAACGUUAAGUAGUGGGGGAAGAUGUUGAGUUGGACACGGGGGACGGAUAUAUAAGUAUAUAAACCGUUGGAAGACCGCGGCAAGCCUAAUUCUUGGACUUUUUUAAUACAAGCCUGAUGCAUCCUAAU